UGGCCUAUCCACUCGUCCUGUGGACACGCAGUAGUAGCUGUCGCUCCUCCCCUCCGCAGGUGCACCUGACCUGUCAAAGCUGGGUGGAGCUGCUACAUCCGGGUCGCUCCCGGUGAGAGGAGGCUGCAGUCGGACCAUGCAGUAAGUGUGCGUGUUGUCAGUUAUGCAGCGGCCCUGAGAAGCGGGGUUCCAAGGGAAAUGGCGGGCAGCGGCAAGAAGAAGAAAAAGCAUGUGCGUUUCGCCCCAGCGAAAGAGGCUGGCGUGGAGGAGGAGGAAGAAGAUACACUGUUUGAGAAGCGGCCUGACAGCGUAAGGCAGCUGGUAGAGAGCGACAGGAAGAGGGCGUUUGAAGAUGAAGUCCGGUUGGUCCCCCCAGCGAGCAAAAGGGGGAAGUUGGGGGAGUUCAAGUGGUGUGUCACUACUGUCAUGUGUGCGGCCUUCCUGGGGCUGGGAAUGGCUAUUGCAGUUCUAGGCCCCACUUUCCUUGAUCUGGCAGAAAAUGUUGAGAGCAGUGUUGCCAAUAUAUCCUUCAUUUUUGUUGGUCGCUCCAUGGGUUAUCUUGGUGGCUCCGUUCUGGGAGGCAUACUUUUUGAGCAAAUUAAUCAACACCUUCUUUUGGGGAUAUCCAUGUUGGCGACUGCAGCUGGACUCUUUGUCGUCCCCUGGUGUAAAAAAGCUGUGUUGCUCACUGCGGUCAUGUCAGUUGUCGGCAUGUCAAUGGGAUUUCUGGAUACAGGUGGGAAUAUCAUUAUUCUGAACACGUGGGAGGACCAGGCUGGGCCACACAUACAAGCUUUACACUUCAGUUUUGCUUUGGGAGCCUUUGUCGCUCCAAUCUUGGCUAAACUAGCUUUGGAAUUUCUCCCCUUGGACAAAAAAAGCUUUAAUGUUAGUGAACCUUUCCUUGAACAGUCCGCCUUACCUUUUGGGAUAAAAAAGUCUAUGUUAUCCUAUAUAGUCAUUGGGACAUAUAUUUUGCUGGUCUCCUUAUUUUUAUUCAUCCUGUUUUCUAAAAGUCGUCCGAGACAGUCAUCAGGAAAAGCUUCCGAUGACAAAUUUCGAACAGCCAGAUAUCAUAAUGCUGUUAUUUUCCUCCUUUUUCUGUUCUUUUUCUGCUAUGUUGGGGCAGAGGUAGCAUACGGCUCUUACAUAUUUACCUAUGCCAUCACUUACAUUACAAAUAUUGAAAAUAAUUAUGCAGCUGGACUAAACUCGCUGUUUUGGGGAGUAUUUGCUGCAGUUCGAGGACUUGCCAUCUGUUUUGCUACUUGCUUGUAUCCUGGCACCAUGUUGCUUUUGAGCGUGAUCGGCUGUACCUUGUCUUCAUUGAUUUUAGUCCUUUUCAGUAGAAAUCAUCUUUUGCUCUGGGUUGGAACUGCAGUGUAUGGGGCAUCAAUGGCUACCACUUUUCCAAGUGGCUUUUCCUGGGUUCAGCAGUACACUACCAUUGGAGGAAAGUCAGCAUCUUUAUUUGUGGUUGGGGCUGCUCUUGGAGAAAUGGCUAUUCCUGCCUCUGUGGGAUAUUUGCAAGGAAUGUUUCCCAAUUUCCCUGUACUUAUGUACACAGCUCUAGCAUCCUCAACAAUGACAGCCAUCCUAUUUCCUGUUAUGUACAAGCUGGCCACCGCUCAGCAAGACCAGGCCCAAUAUAAUAGGGUUGAGAGUGAUGACCGCAGGGCUUUGCUCUCCAGCUCUGGAAUGGAAGAGGAGGAUGAAGAUGAGGCUCAGAACUGGAAUGAAGCAGACUUUGAAACCAUUGAAAUGAAUGAUCAAAUGAAAAAUUCAGUUACUGUGAUAUCAGAGGACACUCCAGGGAACAGUGCACCUUCAGAGAUCCUGAAGCACUCUACAAAAUCGAAUGGGGCUGAAGCAGCGGCUAAUAAAUCUCCCUCCAGAAAGCAUAACACAGACAGAGAAAAAAAUGAUUGAAAUUUUAUAUUGUAUAUGAUUAUGGGACGUGAUUAUCAAUAUUUUAUUGAUUACGGGGUGUGGGGAAGCAAUGUUGAUUCAUUGUUGCUUCAUGGAUUAAUAUAAAAUAAUCUAUCUGGCAGUACGAGGAACAAUGCAGCAAAGAGAUACAUUUUUCACAGACUAUGUCCUGUUGUAAUGUAUACAGUAGGAAUUAAAUGCCAUUGCUUUCUACUAAAUACAUUGUUUGUUCCUUAAAUGGGUUGCUCAACUUGUUUUCAUGAUGAUGAGCAUUAGAUUUUUUAGACCAUUUGCAGUUGGAAAUUCAUAUUCUUAUGUGUUUUUUUUAAUAAUAUAGCUUUUUGUUGAGCAGUGCUUUUCUUUGGAAUUCCAUCAGACAAUGGUUUUAAUUUGAGACUGGAAGGUGAAUAGGAGAGGGCCUGACAAGAAAGAUAAGUAAUAACAAGUAACAAUGACAAAAUGGUAGCAGUCAGUGAGCCCCCCCAAUUUAAAAACUGGAAAGUCAGAAGGGAAAUAACGCAAACACUUUAAAAGAUCAGUUGAACUUUAUAAAUACUAAAGCCAGUGUUCAGUUUUCCACAUGCUUGGGAUUAUCAGGACAUUAUCAUGAGAUGGGUUUUUUUCAUACAGAAAAUGUGUACAAGUAAUUGAAUUAAAGCAGAUUUAUUGCACUAAUGUCUUCUUCCUUUCUAUUGUUUUGUUGUGGUUCAGUAAUAGCUGCAGCUUGAAGUUGACAGCCAGUGGUUUUUAGUCUGCUGCAUGUUCUUGAGUCUUUUGCCACUCAACAACCCCUGGGCCUUACUGUUAGUCAUGUAAAAUAAGCAAAUUAAAUGUUUAUGCUGCAAAGUUAAGUGUAUGGGAAUAUAGAGAUGAUUUCAGGUA